GCAGCGAAUAGGAAAUCUAUAGAUAAUGCAAAGCUGAAAAUUUGUUAUAUAGAGAAGCAUAGAAAUCGGUGGACGGACAGAAUCAGAAGCAAGUGCGAGUGAUUUGAUUGCGUUAGAGAAUUAGAAAUAUGCAUUUGUACAAAUUCAAGCGAAGUUGUUUUCUUCUUGUCUUGGCUAAAUUUAUGGCGCAGCCGGGAGGAAAUUAAAUGCCUUGAAGUCUUUGCGCAAUAAAACAAACAAUCCAAAAGUUUUUCUAGGAGUAAAACAUAUUUUGCAGAUAGAACUACUGUGAGAUCGAUGAGUGAAAGAACGGUAAAAUCCGAAGAGAAUACUUCAAAGUGAAAAAUCUGGAAACAAAGUAAACUACGCCGUAAGGAACACAACAUUGAAAAAAUCAUGUAAAUUCAAUGCUUUUUAAAAUCGAAGUGCAUCCCAAAUCAAAAGUUGAAAAUCUGGCGAAAUAGAAAUUGAAAAAUCGAAGCUAAUGAAUAGAAGCGAACAGCUGUAAAAUAUCAAAGUGCAUCCAACGACAACAUCUGACGUUACUAGGCCAAACAAAUUGCAACGCAAAACGAACGAUAAGUACUUGCAGUUCCCUGCUGGUUAAGUGGUAGUUUAGGAAAAUUUCUUAGCUUGGCAAACUUAUCAACCACAUUCGCAUAUUGGCAUCGAUUUGCGGUUUUUACAAACGCAGAAUAUUUUGCUUGAAAAUAACUACUACGCUUACCUUCUAAUUUAAUUAACGCCAAUCGUCGUUGCGUCGACACCAACAAACUUUUGAAGCGAGGCUGAAAUAUGUAGUUGCUGACACUCUGGUUGUGACCAGCUAACGAUUCAAGACACACUUAAACACAAACACAGGCAUUUCAGUGUGUCUCUAUAUCCAAAGCUAGGCAACACUGCAGUAGCGAGAGAGAGAUUUGACUGCUGAAAGCAGAAGAACACUAACAACAACAGCAAUCGCCAGAUGUUAAAAAAAGAAAUUUGAUAUUUAAUCACUGGCAAUAUAAACAGAGACGAGUUUGAUUUGAACCUCAACAGAAUAUCUGUACACACACAGGCCAAAGAAUCACAAAUAGAAGCGAAAAGCAACUAACACAGAUAGAAGUGUUGCGAGUGUACGUGACAAAGGCAAUCUGAUAGUCCUCAGAUCCCCAGACAGACAAUUAGACGAUAGUGUCCCAGUGACGCUGCAAUAAAAUAAAAAACAAAAGCAAACAUUAAAAACAUUGCGGGAGGUGCGCCAUCGCUAUCGGUGCUAUUUUCUGUUUUACGCCGUGCUUUUGCAUUGUGUGUGGUUUUCAAAUUGAUAGCCAGCGUGCAGCAGCGUAAGGGAGGUGGAACUUAUCAGAGCGCUGAUAUAGACAACACAAGUUAUCGCUGGGCACACACACUUCCACAUACAUAGAUAUAAUAUAUUGCAUACUUAUAUGAAGACUCAAUAAUAACAACAGUAAUCAGAAAAAAAUAUCAACCAAAAAGUGCUGGUACAAGCGCAAUAACACAACAAAAAGCAGCGGCGGCGUCGUCGUGAAAACACAAAAAAUAAGAUAAAUAAAAGCAAAGAAAUAAAUAAAUAAAAAAGAAAAAAAUUAAAAUAGCAAAAUAAACCGUAGCGCACUAAAUGCGGACAAAAUAAAGAGCAACGCGCAGUGGAUGCCGUUGAGUUGUUGUUGAAUCGUGGAGCAACAUACAAGUUGGUAAAGUAAAUGGUCGCGCGAAACGAGUCGACUCAAAAAUACAGACCCAGUGCUAAAGUGAAUGUUGUUGAAUAGUUGUGGUUGCCUUGCUUCACUUGUGUUGCUCUAAUUGUUGCAAGUGCUUUGGAGUGUGCAGCAGCACCUACAUAGAUAUUAUUGGUAGUGGAGUGUGGAGGUGUGGAUGUGUGUAGUGGCGUAGUCUUGCAGAUUCACAAGCGGUUUUACUAAAAAGCAGACGAAGCGAAAAGUUGGAUUUUUACAGAUUUCUUUUGUUGUUGCUGACGUUAUUGACGCUUAACGAGAUCAACAAGAAAUCAACUACAUAUAAAUAGCAGUAAAAAGGCCACGCAAAGCAGCCGAAGUACAUAUAUACACAUAUAAAUCAUACACUUAUAUACGUCUACAUACAUACAUACACACAAGUGUUCUAGUAUCCUAGCGGAGUUAAAUCAUUACAGCACACAAUGGUGAAGACAUUUCAAGCCUAUUUGCCGUCCACGAAUCGGACGUAUUCAUGUGUUCAUUGCCGUGCUCAUCUCGCCUCGCACGAUGAGCUUAUCUCCAAAUCGUUCCAGGGCAGUCAGGGACCUGCCUAUCUCUUCAAUUCGGUGGUGAAUGUGGCAUGCGGCCAAACGGAGGAGCGUGUGCUGCUCACUGGUCUACACGCUGUUGCGGAUAUCUAUUGUGAAUGCUGUAAAACACCAUUGGGCUGGAAAUACGAGCAUGCAUACGAGUCCAGUCAGAAAUACAAGGAGGGCAAAUACAUCAUUGAGUUGGCGCACAUGAUCAAGGAGAACGGCUGGGAUUGAACGGCAAUGGUCGAGCUGGUGGUGCUGAUGCGAUCGUGCCGAUCGCGUAUGAUGAAACGACGAAACGUAGCGGAGGCGACGGCGAAGGCAGUGCGUUCUAAUGUGGCUGACAAUGAUAGAGUUGGACAAAAUGUUGGUGAUAUUGCAUUUGGCGAUGGACUCGGUGUUGGUGUUGGUUGUGGUAUAGGUAAUGGCUUGUGAGUAACGACGGAGAAAGUAACUGAAGUUGAAAAGUGAUGACGGCCAGAUAUGAACAUUGAGUUGAUUGAUGUAGUGCGCGAUGUGUCGAGGCAAGAUUGGUGUCGGUAUUGAAAAUGUUAAAACACAAAAAAUUAUAUUUUUGCAAAGCAGAGUUGAAAGUAAAGUGAAAUUGCGAUGGUAUUUUAAUAUAAAUUUCCAAGAUGGGAUUAAGUCUAUAACAACAACUGCUAUCUACCAGCUCUUUCAAGGAUAUAACUCUAUUUUAGUUUAUUUACAAACAUAGAUGUACAUACAUACCUGCAUACAUAAAAGCAGCAGCUGUAUACUCGUAACCAAUCUACAUGCUCCUUUACCGACAGACAUACGUACACCGUGCCUAGCCUCCGCCAAUACUCACUCACACCGAUAUUUCUUGACUAAAAUAUAUGUAAGUCCUUCUCUUCGGACAACAAACAACAAUAACAAAAGCAAAUCCGCAAAAAAGCCUUGCAAGUAUUCGCUUCAAUAAACCAGUUGCAUGUCUUGCUGGUUUUUUGUUUUUUGAACAACAGUGUGCCAACAAACAAACAACAAGCAAACUUUGUGGGCUAUGCAAAAAUUUUCGAAUCAAACAAAAAAACAUAAAUUACAUUGGGUAAAUGUUGAGAUGAAAAUAAAAGCCCACCAAUGCAUGCAAGUUGGUGGACACCAUCAGAGCGCUAGAGCGUUGACGCAGUUGCGAAGCUAGCGGAAAUGGAAAGCACAAAUGGCGCGAAUUUUGUAAAGCUGAAAAUUUGGAACUGUCAACGCUGUUACUGCCACUGCCCUGCCGUUCCUUUCAACAUUUAAACUACAUUUCCUUACUACGCUCACUCUGGCUAUUGUUGCUUGCCGCCACUGCAACUGCAAUACAAAAACACAAUAAAAAUUGUUAGCUACAAAAUUCAUUGAAAAUAUGACCCUAAUAAUGCAGAGAAAAGCUCGACAUAAAAGGUAGUAACUAAAAUUUUGAAACUACAGAGCACUCAAUUUUGAUAUCUGGCAUUAGUAGCAGGCUGAAUUUUUAAAAAUCAAGCAACAAAUUUCUUAGACCCCGAAGACUGCGGCUGCUUCGCUCUGACAUGGAUGGAUAAUAAUAUUUAAUGGAUACUUAUUUAUUUUUAUGUUAUUAUUAAUCAGACAAAGUGCAUUACUACGCCUUGUAUCCAUGCAACUUGUGUAUAUUUUUUAGAAUUUUUACUAGAUGUGAGCAAUAGACACUUCGUUGUAAUUUUAAGUUGUACUAUGUGCGUUUUUUGUGUGCUCUCCUUGUGAACACUUACAACUAUUCUACUUUUAACUUGUAAUCCAACAAAUCAUGAAUUGUGUUUGUUUUAUAUGUAAAAUUAGCAAUAGAUGAAUGACGUAAAUAUUUCGACUUAUGUAUUAAGUGUUGGCAGUUGUCGAAUAUUUCGGUAAAAAAUAAUAACAAAUCUGCUAACCGUCGACAACGAAGUAUAAAAAACAAAUGAGCAAAAAUAUCCCAGUAUAUUUUUUAUAAGAAAUUUUGUCAACAUUACAUUGUUGUUGUGUUUGUCAAUAAUAUUUCACAUAAUCAAUUCGGGACAUACAUACAUAUUUGCCUAUUAAUUUACCGCUGCAUAAUUUAGCACAUUUUGCUUGAACGAUAGGAAUACAUUUGAAUGUUUGUCUACAUAUAUUUAGAGUACUAGAUUAUAUUGAUAAGCGAAUAUUACCAACAUAAUGAUACCAUAUGUCACGACAGUUAGUUAAAAUCGAUUUUUGAAAUUAUUGUAAUUUAGAAAAAAUAAAUAAUUAUUGUAUUCUAAAAUGAUAAGUUUCACGAAGGCAUUGCAGCCUGCUGAGAAAAAGGAAGAGUAUGUGAUGGUACGAUAGGAGCAAAGAAGGUUUAAAUUAUCAGAGUGAGUUUGUGAAGCUUUAAGGGGAAGUAUCGCGUAAGUCUUGAAAGAAGUUGUAAAUCAAUGCAAUGUAAGAUUUGUGUAGCAAUAGCUAAAGGAAAAACGUAUUAAAGUAAGAACAAAAACUAAACAAACAAAACAAAACAAAACAAAAAAAAAAAAGAAACAAAAAAAAAUUACAUAGUAAAAAGCUGCCGAACGCGGCAGAUGAUGACGAACUUGUGAUUGUAUAGGUAUAGAAUGUUCUAAGAAAUUUUUCAACAUCUUUAGAGGAUAGCAGAAAGGGCAAUGUGUGCACUGCGGUUAAUUCGAGUCUCGGAAAGACUGAUUUUAGUUAUAGGCGGUUACGCAAGCAUAAUGAAUUGUUAGCGAAAAAAGGAAAGCGUUUCUUUUGCAGCGCACAAAGCUAAUUAUUGUUUGUGAGCAUAUUGAAGAAAAAUGGUGAGCAUAUUAAAAAAAAAAAAAAUUUAAAUAACAAUUAAAAUAUUUUUUAUUAUGAAAAAAAAACACAUUUUUUAUCAUGAAAAAAAAAACACAUUUUUUAUCAUGAAAAAAAAACACAUUUUUUAUCAUGAAAAAAAAAACACAUUUUUUAACUUAGGCACCAUUUUUUUUUAAUAAAUUGCGCCUUAAAUAAUUCUUCCUUUCCAAAUAACGUUUUUUGAAGUGAUGGUACUAGACUUGGCCAUUUUUGAGGUUAUACACGAAUUGCUGUUGUAAUUCUAUUCAACAUCUAAAAGUCAUACAUACUUAUAUAUCGUGUAAAUCGUACAUACAUAUUUGACGUAGCCGAGUGGGUUUGUGUGCGACCAAUAUACGAUGGUCCGUAUUGGAAACCCACUCUGAACCCCACAUGAAAUAUCAGAUUAUAGAAAAAGCAGAAUGCUUUGGCCGGAUAUAAAUACUUGUACACACAGACAUUCAAACAAUUUAAAAGUGGAGGGGAGGUAUAAAUAUUUGUAUUUAUCAAUUAUGUUCUUCGCAUGGUAAAUUCUUAUUUCUGAACCUUUUUUAUCAAUGCUACUUUGAAGUUUUCAAACAUUUUUGGAAAACUAUCGUAAAUAACAAGUUUUUAAAUGGUUCGAAACACAAAUGAAAAACUCUAUAUUUUCGUAAGAAUAUGUAAUAAAUGAAGAUAACCUCAAAAAUCUGUAUGAAUGUGACAUUUUUCUUUUUUAUCAAUGCAAACAGCUUUUGCAGUUUGUUUUCAAAGCUUUUGCAGUUUGGUAAAAAUCGUUUAAAUGGUUAACACAAAAAUUUUAAAAUUUGUUUGCAAAGAAUUUGUAAUUAAGAAAGAUAACCUCAAAAGUUGUGGCUCAGAUUGGCAUAAUUGUUUUAACGAAACAUUAAAUAUACCCUAAUUCUAUGCCAAUUUACCGUUUUAUACGUAUAUUUAAAAAAUUAUUAAUAAAUCUGUAUGAUUUAAAAUAUUUACAUUGUAUGGGAAAAAUCGAAACCUAGAUUUCUAAAACUUUACUAAAUGCAAAUGGAGUUAGUUUUUAAAUUUAUAAAUAACUGCUUGCUCUAACCUCUAUUCAUGCGUACGGUGCUAGGCUUUUUCUUUCAUAUAAAAAAAAUCGAACAUGCACUUUGUAGGCAAGAAAAGGUGUGAUAACUUAGCGAAAAAAAAAUUCAAAAAUCAACGGUAAUUUGUAGUUAUUUCAAACCUACACUUUAUUUUACUAAAAUUCAAUGAGCGAUAUAACUGUAUAUUUAGAAAAAUUCUAAAAAUUCUGUUUACAGAGUUGAAAGCUUUGAUGAAAUUAAAAAAAAUGUACAGGGAUUGCAGAUUUGCAUUGUAUGGUUUUUUUUUGUAGUAUGAGCUACAUAUAUUUUUAGAAAAAAAUAGUGUUGCGUUAAUAAUUUUGCGCACCCCGUUAUGAGAAAAAAUAAUAGGCGUAUGAAUUAAUAGUGCUUAGUGCAAGUAUAUCUAUGGUAUGUGAACGAUAGUGUUGCGAAAAACGUCAAAACUCAAGAAAUUAAAAAGAAUAUUUAUGACAAAAGCUUGAACGCUUUUAAUCGUUCAUUGCUCCUUAAGUAAAAGUAAAGACAUAUUUAUAUCUAAUGAGAUAGUGUUAAGGAGGGAAACCGGUUUAGAUCGAUCAAAAAAUCGAUUUUUUUUAUUGCAUAAAAUGUUAGUAUAACUACUCAAGAAUAUGUGGUAGAAAUUUUAAAGCGAAAUUCGCAUUAUUCCCGAUUCUAUGAGCACUUAAGUGACUGACCGUCGGUUCCGCACCAUACCGCGCGUGAGUUAGAACGACGUUUUUCUCGAAACUACUUUUUUUCAACUGGUGGGCACUCUAGCUCAAAAAGUUAUAGACCAAUCGUUAUACAUUUUUUUCGGAGUAUUCUUUAUUCAAUCCUAAUCCAUAUGCAUCUAAUUUUGGGAUUAUAUUAACAUUAAAAAUAUUUUUUUUAAACAAAAUAGAUGCAAAAAUAUGGUAUAAAAAAACUACUUUGUGUUCAAGCGCCUCAAAAGUAUGCAAUUUUCAUUAUUUUUUUUACCUCAAUUAAGUUCAUAUUCUUAGGAGAUAUGUUGUUAAUAAACAAAAAUGCUGUUGAUUUCAGAGAAAAAUCGCAACUUCAGGAAUUCCCACCACUAGGAUGGCGAUCGUCCAUGGACGGCACGCUCUAACGUCACUAUCUCCCGCGGAAAUAGCUUCAAAAAAAAUUUAAAAGUGUACCUAAAAAUAUAAAUAAAAUAUCCUUUAAACUUAAACAAAUUCUGAUUAUUCCUUCUUUGUUCAAAAAAUUCUCGAAAAACACCAAAAUUUUGGCCUCCUAAACCGGUUUCCCCCUUUCAUUUUUUUUUUUUCCUUGUUCACUCCUUCCGGGAGCAUAGGGCCUCGACAAGACUCCGUCUUGCGUUGGUUUCGUUAAUCUAUUUGGAUUUCUGACGGGGUUGGUGAAUAGUGUUAAUAAAUACCUUUAUACAUUUUUUACACAGCAUAAAGUACUCACGUUAUGUUGCGAUCUUUUCUGCAUAAACUUAAUUGGAAAAAACUAAUUUUGUUUUUUUGUGUUUUGAUUACGAAGUUCCUCCAGCAAUCGAGCGUUUGCAAACCCAAUAUAACUGCAUUGCAUUUUUGAAACAGGGUUUAUAACACUCGUUAAGUUUUGUUAGCAAAAUCCUUAAAAAUAACCUUUUGCAUUUAGUAUGUUUUGCCAAACCAUUCUUUCGAAAAACUAAUAUUUACUUGUGUUUUUUUUUUAAUUUAAAGGCAAUCUGAUGCAAAGUAGCAAAGAUAAUAACAAAAAAAUAUAAAAAAAAUUUGCGAACAAAAAAACAAAACAAAGCAAAUAUUGCAAUACACAAGUAGGGGAACGAAUUAUAAAAACAAUAUUGAGGAAAAUAUGAGCAUAAAAACUAUGAAAAAAAAAACAAAAAAGAACUGCCAAGAACGAAUUCGCGUCAUAAACGCCGUUAGUUCUAUAAUAAGAAGAAUACUAAUAGUAAUAAUAAUAAUCAAUUAUAAUAAAAACAGUUAGAAUAUCAAAUUUUAUUGCGUUGUAUCUGUAGUAGUAAAAAAAAAAAUCAAAGUGAUAAACAAAAUAUGCGCCGAUAAAGCCUGCAUUAAGCUAACGGGCAUUUUAAUGCGUGCUUUGUUAGGAAAAAAAGAAUAUAUAUUAAAAAAAUAAUAUGGUCAUACACAUAUGUAUGUAUGUACAAACAUAUAUUAACAGAGCAUAUUAACAUGCAGAGAAAUUAUAUAAUUACAUAAUUACAUAAUUAAGUGAUUAAUCGCAUUGAUUACCUGCAGCGACCACAUUCACUUUUAUUAUUUACUAUUACUCACAUAUACAUAUUUGUGUAUAUUUGUUUGUCCAAAAAUAAAAUUAUUAUUUCAUCCCACAAGCUACAAACAUUCCUCUUGCACCACAAUCCAUUUUUGUAGACAACCAAUGACAGUGCGAAAAUGCUUAUUGCACAUUUUUGCUUUAAAAUUUCCUUCUUUUUCUUUUUUAAUGUAUGCAGAAAAAUAGAAUUCCAUUAGAUUUCCAUAUAACUUUAGAAAACCGAAAUUUAUGAGUGUUGCAGAAUUUCUUCAAACCUUUAGUUUUUAAAUGCUAGACCUCCACUUUGGUUUCACAAAGCAAUGGAAAUGGAAAACUGUAAUUCAACUUAAACAAAAUGCGCUGACAAAUAUUUUAUUGCAACGAAACGAUAUUCAAAUUCAGAAAUAAUUUUUUAAAGCAUUAAUGAAUUUGCAUAAGUAAAACCAACAAUAACCCACAUAUGUAUUUAUUUAAUCCUUGUAUGUAUGCAGUAGUUAAGAAAAAAAAAAAAGAAAUAACACGGUAUUCCAUA